ACAGAAAGGAUGACUUCACAGAGCUGACUUGUAAAGGAAUCAUUCUUCCUGUAAAGUGUUAAGGAAGACUCUGAGAAAUUCAUGAAAGAUCUAACCCCUGCCCUGGAACUACUGAAUAUCUUGUAUUAGUGAAAAGAGUCAUACUUCUACACAAUGGAGUCUUAAUUUAAAACCAGUGGUUCUCAUUCACCUGUUGUAGUUCAUGAAGCUUGAAUCCAGAGAGGACAGGGACGUUUGCGAUGACAAUAUGACUAAUAGUAAAGGAAGAUUUGUAUCCAGUAAAGCAAGCAGCGGUCCAAGUAGCGGGGGAAGCUUUGUAGACUGGACUUUACAUUUUAAUACAAUUCAGUCUGAUAAGUUUUUAAACUUACUGUUGAGUAUGGUUCCAGUCAUUUACCAGAAAAACCAGGACGACCGGCACAAGAAAACUAAUGGCUGGCCAGAUGGGCUGUCAGCAGCAGCCCAGACUUACAGCGCCAGACCUGAGCAGCACCUGGAGUACCACAGCUUCCCGGGACAGGCAUUUCACGGCAACAGUGGGCACGCACCUUCAAGCUGUGGCCCAAAGUAUGAUGACUAUGCCAACUACAAUUACUGUGAUGGAAGGGAGGCUUCAGAAACAACCGCCAUGCUGCAAAACGAGGAGAAUUCUAAUGAUGGGGAGGAGGAUGCCAUCGUGGAAACAACCCAUAAACUACCGAAGGAGUCCAGUGGGGUCAUGGCCUUGCAAAUACUCGUGCCGUUUUUGCUUGCUGGCUUUGGAACCGUUUCAGCGGGCAUGGUUUUGGAUAUAGUACAGCAUUGGGAGGUAUUCAAAAAAGUAACAGAAGUCUUUAUUUUAGUUCCUGCACUUCUUGGUCUCAAAGGGAACUUGGAAAUGACUUUGGCAUCCAGAUUAUCCACUGCAGUAAAUGUUGGGAAGAUGGACUCACCCAUUGAAAAGUGGAACCUAAUAAUCGGUAACUUGGCCUUAAAGCAGGUGCAGGCUACAGUAGUUGGUUUUCUAGCAGCUGUGGCAGCGAUCAUAUUGGGCUGGAUUCCAGAGGGGAAAUACUACCUGGAUCAUUCCAUCCUCUUAUGCUCUAGCAGCGUAGCAACUGCCUUCAUCGCAUCGCUCCUGCAGGGAAUAAUAAUGGUUGGAGUUAUCGUUGGUUCGAAGAAGACUGGGAUAAAUCCUGAUAACGUUGCUACACCCAUUGCUGCUAGUUUUGGCGACCUCAUCACCCUUGCCAUAUUAGCUUGGAUAAGUCAGGGUCUGUACUCCUGUCUUGAGACCUAUUACUACAUUUCUCCAUUGGUUGGUGUCUUUUUCUUGGCUUUAACUCCUAUCUGGAUUAUAAUAGCUUCCAAACAUCCAGCCACCAGGACAGUUCUCCACUCAGGCUGGGAGCCUGUCAUAACAGCUAUGGUCAUAAGUAGCAUUGGUGGCCUCAUUCUGGACACAACUGUAUCCGACCCAAACUUGGUUGGGAUUGUGGUUUACACACCAGUUAUUAACGGUAUUGGUGGUAAUUUGGUGGCCAUUCAGGCUAGCAGGAUUUCCACCUACCUGCAUUUACAUAGCAUUCCCGGAGAACUGCCUGACGAACCCAAAGGCUGUCACCAUCCAUUUAGAACUUUUUUUGGUCCAGGAGUAAAUAAUAAGUCUGCCCAAGUUCUGCUGCUUUUAGUGAUUCCUGGACAUUUAAUUUUCCUCUACACUAUUCAUUUGAUGAAAAGUGGUCAUACCUCUUUGACUGUAAUCUUCAUAGUAGUAUUCUUAUUUGCUGCUGUGUUACAGGUGUUUAUCUUGCUGUGGAUCGCUGACUGGAUGGUCCACCACUUCUGGAGGAAAGGAAAGGACCCGGAUAGUUUCUCCAUCCCUUACCUGACCGCACUGGGCGACUUGCUGGGGACCGCUUUGCUGGCCUUGAGUUUUCACUUCCUUUGGCUUAUUGGAGAUCGAGAUGGAGAUGUUGGAGACUAACAAGCCCUACAGAUUGCUGUCACGUGACCCAGAAGAAAGCCCAAGGCAGCAAUGUAGGGUUCUUCCUCGAGAAUUUUAACCCAGCGUCAUUUUCACUCAGCCCUGGUUCAAUUAAAUGGCCUUAUAUUUUCUUUUAAAGGAAUUCAUGUUGAGGCCAGAUCAAAAAGUAUUUGUGCUGCUUUUUAUAGAAUAAAUGAUAAUUUGCAUUGCUAGAGA